AUGGCGCUGGCUACUAAUUUGCAGCCGCUGGCUUAUGCCGUGGCCUACGUUACCUUCUUUUUGGGCACCACUUCGACUUUCUUGAGAUUCUACUGUCGCUACAUUGUAUCGAGGAUUUGGGGAUGGGAUGACUACUUCGCUGUGGUGGUCUUCAUCUUCAGUCUCGCUCAGCAAGGUGUUUUGCAUAUGUUUUUGUACUGGGGAUGCGGAUUACAUAUGGACGUUCUUAAUACCAUUCAGCAAUUCGAGAUUGUCAAGUGGCUUUUUGUCGAGGAGAUAAUCUACUACUCUGUUCACUGGGUCAUUAAAUCCGCUUUUCUCUUCUUCUACCUCCGGUUAUCACCCGAUACUACCGCCUUCCGGUACGCCGUCUACGCUGGCGUGGGUUUGAACACUAUUGUAUGGGCGUGCAAUAUGCUUCUUGCUUGCAUUCAGUGCUUGCCUUUUGACGAAAUCCUGCAUCCAGGCACGCACGCAGACGCCUACUGUAUGCACAAACUUAUCGUCCUCAUUGGACCAUGCUUAUUGAACAUCGCCUUGGAUCUGUAUAUCCUCAUUCUGCCCAUUUCUACCAUCUGGAACUGCCAAUUGCCUUUGCGUCGCAAGGUCGCCGUCCUCAGCGUUAUCGCAUUCGGUAGCAUAUCCGUCAUCAUCGCAACCUUCCGCCUGAUUCCCCUACUCCAACUCGGUGACCAGUCCGGUGAGCCCGUUGAUACCUCUUGGAUUCUAGGUAAAAUGGUCAUCAUCGCCUCACUUGAGGUGCAAUUCGCCAUCGUCGCCGUCAACCUCCCUCUACUCAAGAAACUCUUCACAAGCCUCGCAGACGACGAUAGUCUAGUAGAAGCACCGCAAGACUGGAAGUGGAAAGCCCGCAGACUAUCCUCAAACUGCAGCGACGACUCGGAAGAUGACGAUUUCUAUGUUUCUGGAGGAAACGGACGCGGUCAUCACUGGCGGAAGAGCAAAGCUAUGUCCCACGACAGUUUCAGGGCAAGCAUCGCUUCGAGUCUGGCAUCUGACGAAGCAUCUCUUGAGGCUGGUGUGGCUGUCGCACUGCCAGUACUAUGGGUCAAGACCAAUGUGCAAACGAUUGCCACUGGCCAAUUCGGUCGCAGAUACUUGGUCGCCUCGUCAGAUACCGACAGCCUGCGCGCAAUGACUGAGCCAAACUCUGCCCCGCACGACGAACGCGACCCCGCGGCCACGGUCGACGCGAACGAAACACGCGAUGACGACAAAGAUGGGCACAAACCACGAGACAGCAGCGGCUGGGACGGGAAGCUGCGCAUAGACAAGAUGACUAUCGGCGACGAGCCUAGAGAUCCACAUGCACAGGUCGUGAGCGACCCGGAAGUAUCAGACGAUGAGGGCCCGCCCCCGGAACAGCUGGCCGCAGAUGAGGAUUUGCUCGAUGAUACGCCGGAAGACGAGGAUGACAUAGAGAUUGUCCACUCCAAGAUUUCAGACAUGUCGGCGUUACGGUUGGAGCGGUUCAAGCAGAUGAAGCGUCUUUGCUUGCGCCAAAACCGCAUAGAAAGCAUCGCGAUACCCGAAGACGUCGCACCCACUCUCACAGAAGUCGAUCUCUAUGACAACCUGAUAGCGCAUCUCAAAGGGCUCGAUGCCUUUACCGAACUCACGUCGCUCGACCUUUCCUUCAACAAAAUCAAGCAUAUCAAACGGCUGAACCAUAUGACCAAGUUGAAGGACCUAUACUUUGUGCAGAACAAGAUCAGCAAAAUAGAGAAUCUCGACGGGCUAUCGAAUCUGCGACAGAUCGAGCUUGGCGCAAACAGAGUGCGAGAGAUUGAAGGACUGGAGACGCUGACGGGGCUGGAAGAGUUGUGGCUGGGCAAGAACAAGAUCACUGAGAUCAAAGGUCUGGAUAGUCUCACCAACCUCAAGAUUCUCAGCAUACAGUCGAAUCGUCUGCGCUCGAUAACGGGCCUGGAAAAGCUCGUCAAUCUCGAAGAGCUGCACAUCUCGCACAAUCUCCUCACCGAGAUAUCAGGCCUGGAGAACAACGUCAAUCUAAACGUCAUCGACAUCAGCGCGAACCCGAUCGAACACCUCACCGGGUUGAAGGGCCUCAAACACCUCACGGAGUUCUGGGCGAGCAACUGCAAGUUGAGUGACUUCAACGAAAUCGAGAAGGAGCUGAGGGAUAAGGAAGAAUUAGAGACAGUCUACUUUGAGGGUAACCCACUGCAAAGGUCACAGCCAGCGUUAUACAGGAACAAGGUCCGGCUAGCGCUACCACAGGUUGUGCAAAUUGAUGCUACGUUCUCUAGACGGGUUUCGCCUCUGAAGCCUGCUUGGUAUCUAUAA